UGGGCGCGGGCAAUGACGCCACUUCCGGCGCGUCUCUUUGACGUCAGCUCCGGUUCCGGCUCGGCUGUGGCGGAGCGAGGAGGCCCCGGGAGCCAUGAUCGAGGUCGUGUGCAACGACCGCCUGGGCAAGAAGGUCCGGGUGAAAUGCAACCCCGAGGACUCGAUCCGGGACCUGAAGAAGCUGAUAGCGGCACAGACGGGCACCCGCUGGGACAAGAUCGUGCUGAAAAAAUGGUACACGAUCUUCAAGGACCACGUCACGCUUGGGGACUAUGAGAUCCACGACGGGAUGAACCUGGAGCUCUACUACCAAUAGGGGCCCACCAGUAUAACCCAGUACAAACCAGUAUAAACCAGUACAACCCAGUGUAAACCAGUACAACCCAGUCCGGACCAGUGCAGCCAGCGCAGCGCUCCCAGUCCAUCCCAGUAUAUCCCAGUCCAUCCCAGUAUAUCCCAGUCCAUCCCAGUAUAUCCCAGUACAUCCCAGUAUAUCCCAGUCCCCUCCCCCAUUUCCCCCAUAUCCGGCCCGGCCCCGUUUGUGGAUCAAUAAAGGCGAUUUUGGGGCCUUCGGGCGAUUUUUGGCA